AAGCUCAACCUCUAAUUCCUAGGGCACACAAAGCAACAACCAAUUUCCAUUAAGAUAGCAUACACACUAGAGAUAUAUACAAUGGCGGGGUGGGCUAUAGCUGUACACGGCGGUGCCGGUGUUGACCCUAACCUUCCGGCCGACCGCCAAGAGGAGGCUAAACAACUUCUCACACGUUGCCUCAAUCUCGGAAUCGAUGCUCUUCGUUCUUCUCUCUCUGCCAUUGACGUCGUUGAACUCGUUGUUCGCGAAUUGGAAACGGAUCCUCUGUUCAAUUCCGGCCGUGGAUCUGCACUGACCGAGAAUGGUACGGUGGAAAUGGAAGCCAGUAUCAUGGACGGUUCCGGACGGCGAUGUGGUGCUGUUUCAGGACUCACCACCGUGAAGAACCCGAUCUCAUUAGCUCGCCUAGUCAUGGACAAGUCUCCACAUUCCUAUCUUGCCUUUUCCGGUGCCGAGAAGUUCGCCAAACAAAUGGGUGUGGAAACCGUGGAGAAUGACUACUUCAUCACCCAGGACAACCUUGAAAUGCUCAAAUUAGCAAAGGAAGCUGAUUCUAUUGUGUUUGAUUAUAGGAUCCCGCAAGUUGGUUACGAAUCAUGUGGAACCGGGGUUCAGAGUCCAAUACACAUGAACGGGCUUCCGAUCAGCAUCUAUGCACCAGAGACAGUAGGGUGCGUGGUGGUGGACAGCGAAGGUCGGUGUGCGGCCGCAACGUCAACCGGAGGGCUCCUAAACAAGCGAAUGGGUCGGAUCGGUGACUCGCCUCUUAUCGGUGCAGGGACCUACGCGGGUGAGCUGUGUGGGGUGUCGUGCACAGGGGAAGGUGAAGCCAUAAUACGAGGGACCCUGGCUCGUGAAGUGGGUGCGGUGAUGGAGUACAAAGGGUUGGGGUUACAGGAGGCGGUGGACUUUGUGAUCAAGGAAAGGUUAGACGAAGGGAAAGCAGGGUUGAUCGCAGUGUCAAACACAGGUGAGGUGGCUUAUGGGUUCAAUUGCGUAGGGAUGUUUAGGGGCUGCGCCACUGAAAAUGGGUUCAUGGAAGUUGGCAUCUGGGAGUGAUUCAAUGCACACAACAAAUAAACAACAUUGUUUGAUUAGGUUGCUUCAUUAUGAAUAUUUUCUUCAGUAUUUUGGAAUAAAAAUAAAUGAAAUUCCGGGAAUUGUAAAGACCUCACUAAUUUGAUUUUCGGUAACUAUCUGGUUCGGGUCUGUUUGUGCACACGAUGAUCGAUCGUCUAAUCGUGUGAGGUCUUGAAGUUAAGAGUCAAGUAUACCCUUCGGUGGUCUUGA